AUGGAUGCACCCAUGGAAAUAAACUUUUCGCCGUGUAGAAAAGACAAGUUUGCACAUUCUUUGACUGGUAUCAUCCAAAGAUAUAUGAACCCUCCAAGAACUUCUGAAAAGAUUGAGGUUAGAGCUUCUUCGAAAGGAAAGUGGAGUUCCCGAGCUUGCCUAGUGAUUCAUUGGAUGAUUAUUAUUGUGUUGUUGGGGAUGUUGCUGGUGGAAGGAGGGGCAAAGGCUGGAUUGAGCAAGAAUGUAAAAUUAGCACUUGAGUUUUAG